AUGAUUAUUUCAAUUUUAAUUUUGUGGUUAAGCUUAUUUUCGGUAUUAGCAAUCACUUCCAAACCCAAACCCAAUGCUCCUGAAACAGAUGUUAAUGCUUUGGUAUAUUUCAAUCAAGUAUUUGAUAUGGUAAAACAACAAACUGCACAAGAUCCAAUAAAAUCCACUAAUAAUAACUCAACAAUUCCAUUAAUUACAAUUGAAAAACCAAAAAGUAAUACCAGUGAAUCCGUUGAUGCUCAGUUGAAAAAGGGUAAAUUAAAACCAAAGUGGGAAUAUAAUGCAGGUAUCUAUUUAGAAAAGAAGAUUAAUAAAAAAUUGAUGAAGAAAAUGUUGAAAAAUAAAGACAAAUUUCGUGCAUUAACUGAUAAUGAUAGUGGAUUAGUAUUAGGAACUACUGAAAAGGUGUUGAUUCCUACUGAAUUAAUGGUUUCUAGAGCAAUUCCUGAUACUCAUAAUUUAUUUCAUCAAAAUUUAACAUCAUAUCCCAAAAAACAAACUAUGAUCAAAGUCCAUAAUAUUAAAAGACCACAAGUUGCAAUUCCUCAGUCAGAAUCCACUACAUAUCUUUACUAUGACAAUUACAAUGGUAUUCAAAGUGAUAAUUAUUCUUCCAGCAAUAGACUAGUUCGUGGUUUUUGUCACUAUUUAUGGUGGGUGUUUCUCUAUGUAUUGUAA